UUCAGCUUUCUUCCUGUCUGUCUGGAAAGAUGGCGUCCCGCAAGGAAGGCACCGGCUCUACUGCCACCUCUUCCAGCUCCACCACCGGCGGAGCAGGGAAAGGCAAAGGCAAAGGCAAAGGCAAAGGCGGCUCCGGAGAUUCAGCCGUGAAGCAAGUGCAGAUAGAUGGCCUCGUGGUAUUAAAGAUAAUCAAACAUUAUCAAGAAGAAGGACAAGGAACUGAAGUUGUUCAAGGAGUGCUUUUGGGCCUGGUUGUAGAAGAUCGGCUUGAAAUUACCAACUGCUUUCCUUUCCCUCAGCACACAGAGGAUGAUGCUGACUUUGAUGAAGUCCAAUAUCAGAUGGAAAUGAUGCGGAGCCUUCGCCAUGUAAACAUUGAUCAUCUUCAUGUGGGCUGGUACCAGUCCACAUACUAUGGCUCAUUCGUUACCUGGGCGCUCCUGGACUCUCAGUUCAGUUACCAGCAUGCCAUUGAAGAAUCUGUCGUUCUCAUUUAUGAUCCCAUAAAAACUGCCCAAGGGUCUCUCUCACUAAAGGCUUACAGACUGACUCCUAAACUGAUGGAAGUUUGUAAAGAAAAGGAUUUUUCCCCUGAAGCUUUGAAAAAAGCAAAUAUCACCUUUGAGUACAUGUUUGAAGAAGUGCCGAUUGUAAUUAAAAAUUCACAUCUGAUCAAUGUCCUAAUGUGGGAACUUGAAAAGAAGUCAGCUGUUGCAGAUAAACAUGAGUUGCUCAGCCUUGCCAGCAGCAAUCAUUUGGGGAAGAAUCUACAGUUGCUGAUGGACAGAGUGGAUGAAAUGAGCCAAGAUAUAGUUAAAUACAACACAUACAUGAGGAAUACUAGUAAACAACAGCAGCAGAAACAUCAGUAUCAGCAGCGUCGCCAGCAGGAGAAUAUGCAGCGCCAGAGCCGAGGAGAACCCCCGCUCCCUGAGGAGGACCUGUCCAAACUCUUCAAACCGCCACAGCCCCCUGCCAGGAUGGACUCGCUGCUCAUUGCAGGCCAGAUAAACACUUACUGCCAGAACAUCAAGGAGUUCACUGCCCAAAACUUAGGCAAGCUCUUCAUGGCCCAGGCUCUUCAAGAAUACAACAACUAAGAAAAGGAAGUUUCCAGAAAAGAAGUUGACAUGAACUCUUGAAAUCACCCCAGGGCAACUCUUGGAAGAAAUAUAUUUGCAUAUUGAAAAGCUCAGAGGAUUUCUUUAGUGUCAUUGCCGAUUUUGGCUCUAACAGUGUCUUUCUAGCCAUAAUAAAAUAAAACAAAAUCUUGAAAAAAAA